CGGGGCGGGACCGUUGUCGGGGUCGUCCGCACGGCCGCACCCUCCGCCCGCCCGCCCGCGCUGAGCUCCCCCAGCGCUGCGGGCGCGGGCCGACCAGGUGACCGCCGGCGCACCGAGAUUCAGAACCUGAGGACGACGCAAACGCAAGACCACCGCCGGAAGGCCCAAGAGAAGGGAAGGUAGGAGGGACACCCCUGGGCUGCCGGAUACGGGAGGGGACGAGACGACACGGGGCCCCACAGCAGCCUGGGCAGGGCCAGGCAGACAACCUUAGAGCAGGUUCAAAGGCUCGAAGCUAAAGGUCCCAGCGUGACCUUACCUUGCACUUUAUCCCCUAGAUACGGAGCCCGGCUAUCGGAGCAGUGACGGGGGGCCUGGGGUCGGCGGCUGGGAGCUGCCUGCCUCCUGUCCAGGGGCUGGGCUCUGUGGGCAGCGGGUCCACAACCAUGCACGAGGCUGUGGGGACAGGCCCUGAGCUCUGUCUCUUGGAACAGCCUCGCCCCCCGUGUCUUCCCUGUGUCCUCUCCUGCCUGUGACGUAACCCCAACCUCUGCCUCAGUUUCCCCAGCAGGGCCCCAUAGGACAGCGUUGUGGCCAGUGUUAGACUUCGGAAGGCACAGCCUAGUCUGAUCUUACGUGUUGGUUCAGUUCCAAAGACCGAUCAGAUGGUGCCCCAGGCCUCCUGUGAGCCAACUAGACCCAAAAUGGCGGAACUGUCAGACCUCUGCCCUGGAGGCUGUCCCUGCCAAGGACCAGCACCUGGGAUGGCCUGUGCCCAGGACACCCACCCAGUCCCAAGAGGCCUGGCCCACGUAAAGGACGACUGCCUGGCCAGGGGCUCUGGGCCACCCCCAGAAGCUGGAAGCUCGGCCCGCUGCCCUGUGUCUCAUGCACGCAAGUCGGCCUUACCCAGGAGACCCGGGAGUGGCCUGCGGGUCGAUGGGGCCCCUCGCCCUCCACGCACGAUGGGGUCAGGUCCCCGGUGUGUGCAGAGUCCACCAGGCAGAGUUCCCUGGAGGAAGUGGCCACAGAGAGACUCCAACCAAAGCACAUACUCUCCGUCCACAAGCUGCGCUCUCCGGCCGAUGGGCCACAGAAACACUGGGGGAGGCACAGACCCAAGCCAGAUGCCAGGCACCUCGGCCUCCACUGGCUAGUGACCUCUCUGGCCCCACACACCCUCUGGGAGGCAGCCUGGCUUCCCCCUCACAGCUCUGGGCUCCCCGGGAGAACAUGCAUCUGCGACAGAGCCCCGGCUCGGCCCCUACCUCUCAGGGGACAAGGCAAGGCUCGGCCCUUCCAUGCAGCACUUUCAGACCCACCAUGACAGCUGUGGGUCCCAGCCAACGGCAGUCCCCCCACCAAAUGUGACACAGACAUGUAGCCUCUGGGGACAGGAGCGCCUGGUGGCCAGCAAGCCUGGGAACACGGCCGUCCUGGCUGGGCUGCCCGGGGAGCGGCCCCGGAGAAUGGGGCCAUGGCAGUGCCUCCAUGUCCUUGUUCGCACGAGGCCAUGGGCAGGCAGGAUGCCCAGCCCACGCCGCCCCUCACUCUGCUAGUGGCUGUGGCUGCCUUGGCGGGUAGGCCCGACGGUGCGGAGAACAAUGGCAGAAGCACAUCGGGGCACGUGUGGCCACCCACCCCAGAGAGCAGGACAGAGGCCCAUGUCUCUCCCUGCACCUCCCUGGGAGCUGGCCCCUCCGUCACCACCGGAGGCUACGGGCAGCCCCGACUGCGGCCUGCGUUGGGGACAGGACCCCAAGGCUGCACACGGACCCCAUCCACAUCCCACGGAGACCUGCGACCUGGCGCUUUCGGAAGCUCUCAGUGAAGUACAGGGUCUCCCCAGUGAUGUACUGCAUUGGCUAACGCAGUUCUCGGAUGGGGGCUGGGCCAGACCCCCGACCCCACAGCCUCCACGGCUCACACCCGCACCACGAGGCCCAUCUGCAGGGUCCACGAGAGGACGCCGAGGCUCAGAGAGGCGACUUGACUGCCGCAGUGCCCUCCAGGCCAAACGGAUACGCACCGGCCGGGGUUUCCGGGAAGAUCGCGUCUCCGGGCAUGGCGAACACCUGAGCACCAGCCAGUGGGACGUAAGGGUCAGAUCGGCCGCGUGCAACCACAGUGCCAAAGCCUGCGGGACACGGCGGCCUGUACUGACAGGAGGCUUUCCGUGGGAGCUAGCCGCGGGGGCAGAUGGGGGCCACACAGAGACAGGCCAGGGGCGAGGCAGGGGACCUGGCUGGAGCCUUCUCGACCAGCUUGUCCGGACCUGUUACCAAACCCCAGCAGUAAUGGAGCAAGCCCUGGCGAGGAGGACAUGCUGUGGUCUGAGCCGAGGAACGAAGCGGAGCCACGCGUGGACCGUAGGCUGCGGCGGGGCGCGGAGCUGGCGGUGUGGCGGAAAGAGGCUGGCCUUGUCCCUGAAGGCCGAGCCAGCCUGCGUAUCCACUGUGGAGAGCGUGUACCUUGACCCCAGCCUCACACUGGCUGCAAAAAUGGCUUCCAGACGGACCGAGAGUCCACACGUGGAAGGUGAGCGCACGAAGCUUUAGGAAAAGCCAGCGUAGCUUUAUGACCUUGGAGCAGUCCAAGUCUCUUCAAUACAGCGCGAGCAGCACCGGCCAGAAGGGAAACGUCUGAUUAACUGGGUCCCGUCGAGUUCACCUGCAGUUCUCCGGCUCAGCAGAGACGCCCCUCGUGAGAGGAAGGGCCGGCCCGCGGCGGGGCAGGGCGGGGUGGUGGUUCUGCGGUGGGCACGCUGCGAGCGUGUGCGGGCACGCGGGGGCACGAUCGGCUCGGCCCCCCAUGAGCCCUCCCCAGGACACAGGAGACAGAGCGAAGACAGAGCAAGUGUAAAUCAGCGAGGAAAGCUAGCCCCACGUCCGGCGGCCGGAGACGCGAGCAUUUUGGCAAAGGACAACAUCCGACCCAAUAGCAUGGGGAGGGGUGCGGCAGCCUCCGCCGUCCAGUCCCCACAGACGACAAUGCCAGUCUGAUGGCGCGAGGGUGCCCUCACGAGCCGUGCCUGCGGGCUAGCGGCUGGGCGGGACCGGGGAGGCGUGCGCGCCCCUCCUGCGGCCCCACACCUAGGCAGAUGCGCACCAAAGUGCAGCCUGUGCGGCGGCCAGAAAGCCUGGACAGGACGGUCUUUGCCUGGAUGAUAGUGGCCCGGCCUGGACGUGGUCCACGGGCCGUCAACAAGAGAAUGGAUAAACCGUGCUGGCCGUUCCCAUGCCGGCGUGCCAGCCGUGCGGGGGGCGAGGAGCACCGCUCUCUGCAACCUCGUGCACGUCUCCCGGGGAGCCGGACGGACGCAGGGGUGUGCGCACUGGAGCGUCUGUCUGUGGAAAGUUCCAGAAUGGGCAACGCCAAGGGCUGCUGCCAGAAGCCAAGACGGGGGGCGGCCGUCUGAAGGCGUGACAGGAAGUGGGAGCACGGGGGCGUCCCGGGUGCCCUCACGCGGCCAGUGCUGAGACGGACGCUCAUCUGCGUGUGGCGCACCCCUCAGCCGGAAUGCUGAAGUGCCCUACGGCCAAGGACGGGCCUUUCUGGGCCUAACGGGAGAGCUGGACAGCCCAGGCCUGGAGAGGGACUGGGCCUGGACCCCCACUCGGGCUUCAUGGCCAUGCUGCCCUCGGGCCCCCCUCCUUACAGGUUUAGACCUGUGGGGACCCGCAACCCCCAGAAAUGUCUCUGUGGCAAUACCACUGCCCUCUGUGAAGUCGGUUUUUCCUCCAGCUGCCUCUAGGGUGUGGAUGCUGUACUGUCCCUCAUACCUUCCGACACUGCCCCUUGCCAUAGCCCUGCCCGUGGGGACUGCUGAGCCCUGACGCACGGAUGCCCCGGACCGGGAGUUAUGACCACGGCUGCUGAGGGAGUAAGAGGCCCCCCGCUUCCUCCGGGCCUUCUACCUGGACCGAGGGCCCGCUCCCUGGAGCCACGGCCUCAGGAGGCCGGUGGCAUCCUCCUCCCAUGUUCAGACAUAGGAAGUGAGGCUCCCAGAGGUUAGGGGCCCCCCCGGGCCGGCCUGCAGCUGGGCCGGUGCGGGCUCAGGGCCAGAUGGAGGGCAUCUGAUUCCCAGUCCUGUCUCUUUCCCACUGAGCCACUCCGCCUCGCUUUUAAUUCAAUUAGGAGAACAUUUAAUCCCCCCAUGCAUUUCAGAGCCGGGCUGGAGCUGGCCGGGGCUGGGAGGCUCCGAAGGGGCCUGUGACUCACGCGGCCCCUUACAGCCCCCCGGACGGGCUCCCACGGGGCUCCCUUGGCACCUCGUGCAGACAGAGGUGGUCUGGAGCUCCAGUGAAGACAGGACACCGGUCUGGAAAGACACACUGGUCUCAUCUGUUCCUGGCAACCCUCCCCCCAUCCCCCGGACGCUGGCCCCGAGUGGCCUUCUUCAGACUUUCCCACCAAGGUUCGCAGUGUGAGAAACAGAGCAAGGAGCGUGGCCAGUCGGCGAGGCGCAGAGCCUGGCGCUUCUGUUGGCCUCAGGAGGGAGCUGCAGCAGGCCCCAGGGUCCCCAAAACAUCCCAGCCGAGCCCUGCCCAUCCAGAGACCUGGCCCCACCCCGUCCACGGAGCUGAGCGCAGGGCCGAGCCUGGUGACAUUUGCCCCUGUUUCCAGAAGGCACAGGGCUGGCCAUGGCCUCGCUGACAACGCAGAAUUCAGGAGACGUUAGUAGUGAUGUGGAGGAAAGCCAGGCCACAGCGGCCUUGUUGGAAAAGACACACUUGAGCAUUUUGGCACGAGACUCCGCAGGGUCCGGGAGAAAGUUGGAGACAUGGAAAUUCUAAUUAAUGCACGCGGAGCUGGGUUUGCUCAAGGAUGCACGGACUGUCCUGUCACGGGGCCCUACAGGCUCACAGUUGCCAGGGAGGUGCUCAUGGUCACCUUGUGGGGGCCCCCACGGUGCCCCCACCCCGGCCCUGCCUUCCCUCAGCCUCCCUUCCCCGGAAGGCUCCUGGCCCGCCCCGGGACCAUGCGGAUGCCCAGGGCGUCGGGCUCUGCACACCCUGACGGAGGAGGACGGGGUGAGGGCGGCCAGUUAGCAGGAGCUGAGCCUCGCCCAGCCACGACACCAGGACGGGGAGACAAGGGGGGCCCAGGCAUCAAUCCUGGGGAACGCCAGGCCGCAGUGUUCAUUGCGGGCCUGGCCUCUCGCACCACCUGCCUGGGGUGUUCAGGCCACCCGAAGGGACGGAUGUGGACUCCUGGCUGGGCUUGGCUGCCGUGGCAGCUGGGUGAGGGUGCAGGGGGUGCUUCAUAGACUUGGCUGCCGUCUCCCGAGGCUGCUGGGACAGGGUACCCAGGCCCAACCAGAGCCACAGAUCCCCGUGCUGAGGCCAGUUCUGACCAGCCCCACCCCGCCCUGUCCAGGCCCUUGCCACCUUGUCUCAGGUGACGCUUGCCUGGCUCUGGGGGGAUCCAUCCUGCCUCGGGGCAGGAGCCACAGUCCUGUAGCUCCUUCUGGCCAGGGGCUCCAGGAGAGCCAGAGAUGGGUGGGACCCCGUGCUGAGGGCUCAGGCAUCUGGUACAGAGGCCCUGACAGCCAGAGGAGGACAUGGCUGCCUGGGCCUCCCUGGGGCGAGGAUGGCGGGUGAGUCUGAUGGGUGCCGAUGAGUGACAAGGUAGUUUCAGAUGGGGACACCACGUGCAGGGCACAGGGAUGCACACAGAGGUGGCCCUCCGUUCCCACUGUCCCACCGGUGGCUCUCUGUGGCAGAAGGCAGUGGGGUGGGACAGGAGCCCAGGAACUCAUCCCCACUCCCGUUGGGCUGUGGGGCUCCGUCUUCUUUUGGCUUUCCCAGAUGCCCCGUCUCUACCUUACAUUUGCCCCUCAGAAGCCCUGUGGCAAGGCUCUGGGUGAGGGGGACACAGGUGCUGAGAGCUCCAGGCAGAGAGGGGCUCCGGAAAGGUGUGUGUGUCAGGCUGCGGCCCAGCACCCCGGAGCUGGGCGAGGGCCCCAAGGCUGCACGGGGACGCUGGGGCUUGCUCAUGGGGCCCAGACCACUCUGCCUCCCCAAGCCAUGGUGUCCUGGUGACUCCCGGUUUGCACCCGGCUUGCUCGCCGGCCCCCGGCAGCCCCACCCCUGCCCCACCAACGGCCAGCAGGCCCCGGAAAGAAGAGCUUCGCCCAGCCCCAGGGACCUUCCGUAAUCACGGCUGCGGUGACCUCACCUCCCUGGGGCCCAGCGGGUGGGGGGAGCUUGAGAUGGAAACAAAAUGUGUCUUUAUUUAUGCUUUUAAUUUGAAUUCUGGAACUGACCCAACGUGGUAAUACACUUAACCUCAGUAAAAUGCUGAAGAAAAAUGAAUCUGUUUUUCAGUAACCGCCUCCCACCCCCUCUGCCCCCUGCGAGACCCCCGCGCACACACCAGCUCACAGGCCUCUGUACCCUGUGCUGGGUCUACGGGGCUGGGCGGCCUGUAGGA